AUGCGUGCGUCCACUCCGUCCUGCCAUAGGGGACGGCCGUCUGCGCACGUGACGCCAGCGCAGCCGCGCGCGACGACACAGCAGCAGCCAGAUCCACCCAACGUGCGCUUUGCCUCGCCAUCGUUCUUGUCACCGGCGUCCACUUGCGGCAGCAAACCAGCGCAAGUACUUACGCUCGAGGACCACCCGACGCUCAAGGGUUCGAGGCUUAUGUUGCAGCAAGAGACGCCACGGCACCCGCCGCAAGCGUUGCCGUCGCCACGUCCUUUUUCCGCCAAUCGCUGUAAGGCGCGGGCAGGGGGCCCGAACCCUGCGCGCGUGCUGGAAGAUAUUUCGAACACGGCCAGACGAGACAGUGGUCGCGACGACCCGACGACGAAGCGGAAGUUGGCGUUCUGCACACCAAUCAAAGCACUCGGACGAGCGACGGGCCAUGUCGCCUCGACCAGUGGUCCCACUCUUGCAAGUCUGGAAAACAGCUGUCUCUCGUCUGAACCCGAGCCGGAGGUUAGUGACAUCCCCGUCACUAUUGCAGCAGCAACAACAACUUCAACGUCAACAACCAAUCACACGGACUCAGCAACUCGAGAGCAGGUGCCAGCUCCUGUACCAAGUCAAGUGUCCAAUACAGUCGUCCACAGUCGCUCGCCCGCCGCCCGCAAGGCCCAAGAGUACCACUUCUCCGUGACAUCGACAGUGUCGUCGGUCGCUGUCGCUCCCAACGGCUCGUUCCUCGUCGCAGGCUUUUACAAUGGCAUGGUGUACCUCUAUCCGCUCACGACGGACUCGCUCGUGUUCCACCGCGGUGUGCUCUUGGACCAGAUUUUGCCUCGCGGAAUGUACACGCAGAUCAUGGUGACAGUGUCAAUCCCGACAGACGGGCGCUUCAUCUUUGCAGGAGUUUAUCGUGGCUCGACGGACAUUCGAGCAAUUGAAGUGGACAGCAUUGAGCUGCCAACAGCCCAAACAGAGGGUUUGGCGCCGAAGCGAGGCACCAAUGCUGUCGAUCCUACCACGACGACGUCGAUGGCGCUGCUGAGUGCCGACGACAGUGACGAGAGUGACCGCGAUGGAGACUUGUUGACGGAUGUUUUUCGAUCCUCUACUGCUCAAGUCGUAGCACACACUUUUUCAGAUGCAAAACUGAAAGGAUUUGCCGCUGCCAAGUGCUUAUACCACGAGACGAGUAGGAAGAUGGAAUACCGUUUGCUGUGUGGAAUCGGCAUCAAGAAUGUGCACAUGUGGCGGUUUUACCAGAAAAAGAGUACGGGAGGUACAGACUUGACAUGGAGUUGGGAGUGCGUGUUUGACAAACAGACAAACGGCAUCUCGCUGGAGUUUAUCUCGUUUCACCCGACGAUUGCAAACCAGUUCAUCUCCAAGUCUGAGCACCAGAACGUUCGUAUCUGGCACCUCGAAGAAGACUAUGACACCGUCGGCGACUCGGUGACGAUCCGGAAACAAUCACACACUGACGUGAAACAGACGCUUGACUCGGUGGCAGUGUACGGAGAUUACGCGUAUGGCGGAAGCGAAUCCCUUUCCGUGAUUGAUCUCCAAGCAGCUGUCCGUAUGGACUUGGACCUGCCGCUAUCACAAAAGGAGCAACGUGCCCAGCGCGAGGCCCUGAUCAAAGCAAGGAACGCGAACUCGCUGCGUGCAUGGAAUCCCCGCGGAAGCCGUCGACGCGGUGCCGAAGAUACGAAUGGACAGCGCCACAUGCGCACCGUUAGUAAAAUUGCUGGACAAGAUGCUUCGCCAUUUACUGUCGGUAUGUGCAGUGAUGGUAGUGUGUUUAUCCACCAGCCGACAGUAGAGACUGGGAUUGCGACACCUCUGGAUUACGUCGAAGGGUACGAGCAGUUCUUUGUCGACCCGUCGUUGGACUUUCAAGCACAGUUCUCGGAUCUUACUCGAGUCAACACGAGUGGUCUUCUCGCAGUCCUUCCUUUCCCCGAAAUGGAGAAAGCGAAGUGGAUGGUUGUAGCCGCCAAUCAAAACCAGCUUCUUGUUCAGAGCCUGGAUGCUUUCUUGCACCGCAAUCAGCGCGAGAACGAGUGUUUCCGAGUAAAGACGGAUUCGAGAGAUUUGACGCGAGGCCUGGGUGAAGCCGAGAGCUACCAGGACAGCAGCUGCAGCAGCGACUCAGACGUCAGCGAUGAGAGUGCCGCUAAGGAGAAGCACCGACGCCAGAAAAAGAAGAUCAAGGCAGUUUUGAAGCGCAGUCACCAGGACGGCAUGUUGAAAUAUCAAGUAGCGGAGCGGAAGUUCAAGCGAAACAGACACGAUAGCGAGAAGACUACUGCCCGGGAGAAGACCACCGGUAGGUCAGGAGCAAGAAGAGAAGCGGUGCCGUUGCCCGAUAGCAGAGCGCAAGAGACCGCUGGAACGAGGCACCUUGUUGUGACUGGUACCCGGGACAAGGUUGGCAAGAGCACAACAGCGGUGGCCACUCCUAAGUACAGCACACCCCGCGAUGGUGGCAAGCUAUGGACAAGCGCAGCAUCUCCAGUUGUAUCGAUUUCAUCUUCGUCCGAUUCAUCCAACCCCAACAGUCCAGAACACCCUGUUCUGUCCGGUCUGGAGAAAAGGCUACUAGUCUUGAAGAAACAUGAGGAGACUUUGUCCUCUGUGGCGACACUGAAGUCACGACAGGACAAUGAGCGACUGCUAGGAGAUUCGACUAUCGAUAUGGCCACAGCUGUGACUUCGCUGAGCUCAAGCAGUACUCAAGCGAUAUCCAUAGCGACGGAUGUAAGCAGCGAGAAGAAGGCUACGCGUCGAAUGCGAACGCAAGCUUUGUUCACGGAGCACGAGGGUACUGAAGAUGGUGUCACCAAGGAGAAGUGCGAGGUGACUCAGGCGGAAAUGAAGGAGUCUAAGACAGUGUCUCUGUCGUCAAAGAAACCUGCAGGAGUUGCAGUCUCCGACCAACGCGUGUAUGUAGGAUCGAGCAAGCCAGCACGCUUGCAAGAAGAAAAGCAGGGUGCCUUGGCGAGCGAGCAGAAGGAGCUGACUGAAGCAGACUGUCACGUGAUGCAGUCUGUUGGAGCAAAGGACGCCGAACUGGAAGAGGAGUUGGAGCGGCUGGAACAGUCCGAGCCUGAGUUCAUGUCGGUGCCCUUCGUGAGUGAUAAGGGCUCGCUCCUCGCUGCAGCCAUGUACAGAUACUCUGACCCCGCGUCCGAAGGUUCCAGUGACAGCAAGGUGUUGGCUAUUGCAGACACUGAUGCGGAUUUUGACCGUGCGGUCGCUACUAGCGAGCAGACCAACUUGCUGAUGCAAUUUUCACGCCAGAACGAGCGACUCCGAAUGAACUUCCUCACUGAACGUGAGCGUGUCUACAAGCAUCCGGAUUGCGGCUGUGCAUCGGCCGUUUACUCGAAGAGAUCUUCGUCGAUCUCAGCCAGCGGCCCCAUGAACUGGCGUCGAAACGUAGCGCACGACUACCACAGGCAGAAGCAGUUGAAGCGGCGUCACAAAAAGCUGCUUGCGACGAAAUUACAUCAGCUGCACGCGAACUACGCCUCGCAAAUCCAGGAGCUGUACGCGAUGCAGCAGAUGGAGGCCAACGCUUUGCGGGCGCGCCAGCAGUUCCAGCACCUUCACAAGCAACUCCGUCGUCAAGCCAGCAAAAGUGACGGUGUUUCGCUUGCGCCUACGACAGCAGUAGCAUUGCCGCUCCAAUACUCGACCAUGCCCGAUCACUUCUCCGACGCCAGGUUUCCGUACCCGCAGUUGCUGUCGUAA